UGUCUGCAGGUAAAGGGAACCGAGCAACACAAAUUAUGAAAUAUUUGUUCUACUAGCGAGACAACGAAACGCGCUAGAACAACAGCACGCUUAUGUCACAAGAAAAAAUAUUUGAAGCCUUGAAAAGCAAAGUAAAAGCGUGCAACACCUUGUGCGCUUGGAAACAAAACCUCGUUUUGUCAACGUUUAGCCGGGGCAAGCAUUUUACAAGGAACUUCGACAGCUGCGUGUUUUCCAGCAAGCCAUCAACAAAGAAUGAAACCCUUCAAACGAGCUCUGGAAGAGGAGCAGAUGCAGGAGCUGUCGUCAGCCAUGUCCGACAGCGACCCCUUCGAGGAUGACGGCUUUCCCCUUGACCUGUCGGGAGGUGGCGUGGGCUCAGGCAAGCGGCGUCGCCGCGGCAACCUGCCCAAGGAGGCGGUGACUGUGCUGCGGAGCUGGCUGUAUGAGCACCGCUACAACGCCUACCCUUCAGAGCAGGAGAAACUCAGCCUGUCAGAUCAGACCAGCCUCUCCGUGCUGCAGAUAUGCAACUGGUUCAUCAACGCCCGUCGCCGCCUCCUCCCCGACCUGCUCCGCAAGGACGGCAAAGACCCCACCCAUUUCACCAUCUCCAGGCGGGCAGGAAAAGGCGAGGGCCGCCCAUCCACUGCUGGUGGAGGUAGCUCCCCUGAAAGCCCCACCUCCUCGGUCCCCUCGCCAGCCCUGCCCCCACUCCGGCCCUCGGUCAUCCGGCCAGCCCCCACGCUGGACCUCAGCCUCCUGGGCACCACAGCCACGGCCAUUCUGACGGGAGCCGGCUACCCCGGCCAAGAGGGCUGCUGCGUCCAGGCCCUUAUGCAGCUGGACACGCACGUUCUCCUGAGGGAGGCCGAGGAGAAGGGCUCCACGGUUAUCAGCGCCAGUCCCACUGGCGGGCUAUUCAACACGCCACCCCCCACCCCUCCGGAGCUGUGCCCCAGCCAGGACUUCAGUGACCUGAGGCUGCUGGUGGACGCAGCUCUCCAGAGGGCUGCUGAGCAUGAGAGUCAGAUGAGCCUGCUCCAGGAGAGCCAGAAUAGGGCCACUACAGAGGCCACAGGGGUCUGCUGCAGUGCUAUGGGUCCGACCCAUCCUCCAGAGCCGAGCCAAGCUACAAUGGACUCGCCCAGAGAGCAGAGUCCCACGGAAAAGGUUAUGGUGUCCCCAGUUUCAGUCCCAAGCCCUGUCACAGUCUCCUCAGCACCUAAACUCACCCCAGCCUUUGCCUUCAUUCCUGCUCCAAGUCUGCCUCCUCGCCCAGCCCAAAUUCCAGUCCUAGUGCCAGUUUCAACCCAUGUCCCAACCUUCAUCCCUACACCAACUCUCACCCCAGUCUUAGCUUCAACCCCAACCAAACCCCCUGUGCCAGCCCCUAGCCCUGUUCAAACCUUCACCCCUGCACUAACUUUAUCCCCUGUCCCAACCUCAGCCCCAACUUUAGCCCCAGUCCUAACACCUCCGCCAGCCCUCACCCCAUUCCUGGGCCUGUCUUCCUCCAUCCCCAGCAGCAGCAGUGUCCAGAGGGCCCAGUCGGUGGCCAGUGUGUGGAGCGUGGUCCACAGCGACGUUACAGUCCGACAGCCUGGUCCCGUGGCACAGACUCCCAUAGCCACGGUGUGGGGGGCGCAGCACACCCUGCAUGCCGUCAGCGAGACAGUCAACUAGAGCCACAACACCCUGGUUUGUGUAUGUGGGGGAGCACCAAACCCAGAGACUGCCCCUAACUGUAUAUAUAAAUAUAUCUGAGAACAUAUUCCUUUCAUCAGCCCACUGAUCCUGUAUGUCUGUGCUCCGCAGUUUGAAUAUGACAGAACUGACACAUACAUCAGACACUGGGAUGGAAAGACAAGUGUUUUAAAGACAGUGCUUUUUAAAGCUUUUAUUUUAAUUUUUUAUCAGGACUUUAUUUAAACCAAUGGGGGCUGUUGCUGGGCGGAACCUGUCAACAUUCCAGAGUAUUGUUUAAAUGUGAUGUCAACAUAAGAACGACAACACAAAGUUCUAUUAUGUAAUUUUGAACUCCACUAUCUCAACUAUUUCCAAAAGCGGACAAGGAGUACAUUUCCUUCCCCUGGUAUAUACGGUUUUUAAGUCUUGAAGCCAGCACCAGCAGAUCUAGCCUCAUCAGUAGCGGUACCGGACUUGAAUGUAUAAAGCGGGACUCGAUGACUUUAAACCCAGGCUGCCUAGCUUGUCAAUCAUUCCCACCAAGGCUAAAUGAGGGCGGACCUGGGGCUGAGACAAUGGUGUGUGUGUGUUUCAAGCGCCAGUGUCGUGCUCCUCCAGUACAGUUCAUGCACUUUAGAUAUAUUUUUAAAAAAAUGUCCGGACUUCACAAUCUCGAGCAUUCCGACGCCCCCCCACCACCACCUCACAAUGCCGGAAGACAGGCAGAAGGGAAAUUGAUUGUACUGCGGUGUGCCUGACUGCACAGCUACAAUGUCCUUCUCUCUCCUUGCCUUAAAGCUACUGUAAACAUGUGGCCACCAGGGAUUCUACAUUCAAGACCCAUCCUCCAAAUCAUCAGUCGCAAAGAAAGUGAACACUACCCGUCGGUGUUUUUUUAUAUAAUUUUUUUAUUUCUUUUUAAAAUAUUCAUUUAAACCCAUUUCCAAAAUAGUAUCUUAGCAGGUAAGCAGUAUUUUUGUGUUGUAUGUAUAUAUGUGUGUGUGAAAAAGAGGAAUUUUUUUUUUGUAUUGCUCUCUGUUUGUAUUAUCUUUAUGCAUCGUGUAUGAUUUCCAGGGACGUAGUGUUUUUAAUGUGGAUGUGAAGGAGGUGGAAUCCCAGUGUGUGUCUUAUAAGACGAUGUGUGUGUGUGACCGAUGGGGGUGUAAGGUCACAUUGGUCCUGUAACAGAACUCAAUUUUGUGGUCGAUGCUAAAGGUUUAGUCAGGUGACACCGUCAGGCUGCCUCCUCAUUCUUAAGGGUAAAGUAACACUUGCUAUGAUAAGUGCGCUAGUAUGCCAUAGUCUUCUAUGGUUGAAGCCUGUUACAAACAUUUUCAAGCUUUUGGGUCAUCCUGUUUGGAGAGGGAUUGACCCAAGUAGCGAAUCAUUGGAGCCUUAAGAUUUGGUCCUUGUAUUUCAAAUCCAAAUAUGUCUUAAUUGAAAUGCCCGUAGUUGUUCCCUUGGAUGACAAAGGCUGGUCGGUGUUGUAUUGAAGUCAUUGAGGAAGUUAUUGAGAAGCAAACUCUGUCUGGAAAAUUGGACUCUACUUUCCUCUCUUUAUUUUCCCUCUCUGUUAGCGGAGUAUAUCCUCUCGUUAGUGUUACUCAUUCUUAUACGGUUGUAGUUUCCAUGAAACGGUCUUAUUUCAAAUACCACAUAUUAUGGCCAAAUCCUAACUUUAAACGCAGCACAAACGUUUGUGGGACCCUACGUGAACACACAGUGCUGCUGCAAAGUAUUUUUAUUUUUCUGUCAGGUCAGUUCAAACAGGUCCAACAUUCCUCUAUUUUCAACUGUUACGCAUGAAACGACCAUGCCAUUACAAUGUUUUAUUUUACAGCUAGAAGCAUGAGAAGAGUUGAUAUGGAAUUCUGUUAUUAUUAGCCUGGAUUUGUGACGAGCACUGAUCCCAUUCUCUCCGCCAUGUCAUAUCUCCCAGAUAUGUAGGCUACCCUUCGAUUGCUUUUAACCGGCUGGAUGUCGGCACUGUUUCCUGAGUUGUCAUUGGGAAAGGUAGAUCGUACAGGUAUUCCACUAACGGAGAUGUUCUAAAGAGUUUUAAAGCUCGCACACACGGCACCGAAUGUGGAUUUAGCAUUCGUCUGCCGAUCGUUCAGCGCGCUGUCUUUUAGGGACCUGCUGUAGAUUUGACUGCCAACAUUUUAAUGCGUUUCUAUGUGUAAAAUUGGUGCGCACUCUGUUGGAAAAUUACGCUCACAUGUGAUAAGUACUCUCGGCCAGCAAACACUACUGGUGCGUCUGAGGUUCCGGGUCAUAGUGAAUAGUAAGAAAUAAUGGUUGCAAUUUUAAUGUGUGAAUAGACAUACAGUACUAUAAAGCGGGUACGUGGUUUAUACAAUACUACUUAUACAAUACUACAUGCCACUGUGACUACAUGUUACUUGUUGCGAUACUGGAAACAGCUGGAUACUGGACAUUAUUUAGAAAGGAGAUAUCUAUAUCAGGUUUUGGAUGCAGAAUGAAACUUGGGUCGUAGAUGCCAAUGUGAAAAUGCAUGUAAAUACAUCGUCAGGUGUGUUUUUUUUUUUUUUUUUUGGCAUGAAUUGUAGCUGAAAUGAAAAUGUGUAGCUUCUCAAUAUGACCAAUUGCAUCCUAAAGAUGUUUUUCCAUUUCACUGUAUGAAUCAUGGCUGAUGUAUGGACAGUAUAACUGGCUAUUGUGCCUUAAACCUGGGAUUGAGGGAACAUACCCCUUCUACAUAGAAACUUUUGAAUAGUCCGUGCAAUAUAUGCCUUAAACUUUAAAUGUGUUUUGUACAAGCAUUUCAGAGAAUAAAAGUUCAUUUUUUCAUA